CUAGAAACCCUAGAGCAAAAAGUGAUCUCAUGGCCUCCGGCGACCGUAAAUUUGGUUAUAUGACCGGGAAAGAUGCUGAAGUAAAGCUUCCACGGACGACGCGGGUCAAGAACAAGACCCCGGCACCUGUGCAAAUCACUGCAGAGCAAAUUCUAAGAGAAGCUCGAGAGAGGCAAGAAGCUGAGAUCCGUCCACCUAAGCAGAAAAUCACUGAUUCUACUGAGCUUUCCGAUUACAGACUCCGACGUCGGAAAGAGUUUGAGGACCAGAUCCGUCGAGCGAGAUGGAACAUCCAAGUUUGGGUCAAAUAUGCGAAGUGGGAAGAGUCGCAAAUGGACUACGCACGUGCUCGAAGCGUGUGGGAACGAGCUUUAGAAGGAGAGUACAGGAACCAUACGCUUUGGGUCAAGUACGCAGAGUUUGAGAUGAAGAACAAGUUUGUCAACAAUGCAAGGAACGUUUGGGAUCGUUCUGUUACGCUUCUCCCUCGAGUUGAUCAGCUUUGGGAGAAGUAUAUUUACAUGGAAGAGAAGCUUGGGAAUGUUACUGGAGCUAGACAGAUCUUCGAGCGGUGGAUGAACUGGUCACCAGAUCAAAAAGCUUGGCUCUGUUUUAUUAAGUUUGAACUUAGGUAUAACGAAAUCGAACGUGCGAGAUCGAUAUACGAGAGAUUUGUUCUUUGUCAUCCGAAAGUAUCUGCUUUUAUUCGAUAUGCAAAGUUUGAGAUGAAGCGUGGUGGUCAAGUUAAGCUAGCUAGGGAGGUUUACGAACGAGCAGUGGACAAACUUGCAAACGAUGAAGAAGCUGAGAUUCUCUUUGUAUCGUUUGCUGAAUUCGAAGAACGAUGCAAGGAAGUAGAGCGGGCUAGGUUUAUCUACAAGUUUGCUCUUGAUCAUAUUCGUAAAGGAAGAGCUGAGGAGUUGUACAAGAAGUUUGUGGCGUUUGAGAAACAGUAUGGAGAUAAGGAAGGUAUUGAGGAUGCUAUUGUUGGGAAGAAGAGGUUUGAGUAUGAAGAUGAAGUGAGUAAAAACCCUUUGAACUAUGACUCAUGGUUCGAUUAUGUUAGGCUGGAAGAGAGUGUUGGGAACAAAGAUAGGAUAAGAGAAAUCUAUGAGAGGGCUAUUGCUAAUGUUCCACCUGCCCAAGAGAAACGAUUCUGGCAAAGAUACAUUUAUCUUUGGAUUAAUUAUGCUUUGUAUGAAGAGAUUGAAACUAAAGAUGUGGAACGUACACGAGAUGUUUACAGAGAAUGUCUCAAGCUUAUCCCACACACCAAAUUUUCUUUUGCCAAAAUAUGGUUGCUCGCUGCAGAAUAUGAAAUCAGGCAAUUGAAUCUCACCGGUGCACGGCAGAUAUUAGGUAAUGCGAUUGGGAAAGCUCCAAAAGUUAAGAUAUUCAAGAAAUACAUUGAGAUGGAACUCAAGUUGGUAAACAUCGAUAGAUGUAGAAAAUUAUACGAGCGGUUUCUUGAAUGGUCUCCUGAGAAUUGCUAUGCUUGGAGAAACUAUGCUGAGUUUGAGAUUUCGCUUGCUGAAACAGAACGUGCUAGAGCUAUCUUUGAACUUGCAAUAUCUCAGCCUGCUCUAGACAUGCCUGAGCUGCUUUGGAAGACGUACAUUGAUUUUGAGAUAUCAGAAGGGGAAUUCGAGAAGACACGGGCUUUAUAUGAGCGACUCUUGGACCGUACAAAGCAUUGCAAGGUGUGGAUUAGCUUUGCAAAGUUCGAAGCUUCUGCUUCAGAACACAAAGAAGACGGCAUCAAAAGCGCCAGAGUGAUCUUCGACAGAGCCAAUACAUACUACAAAGACACCACACCGGAGCUUGAAGAAGAGCGUGCUACGCUUUUGGAGGAUUGGCUUAACAUGGAGACAGGCUUUGGUGAGCUCGGGGAUGUUAGUGUCGUUCAAUCAAAGCUCCCGAAGAAGCUCAAGAAGAGAAAGAUGACCAGUAGAGAAGACGGCUCUACAGAGUAUGAAGAAUACUUUGAUUAUCUGUUCCCUGAAGAAUCAGGGACGACGAAUCUCAAGAUUCUUGAAGCUGCUUAUAAAUGGAAGAAGCUUAAAGGUGAGGAAUGCGUCUGAUAGUGGUUAACAUCAUAAUGUACUAGGUAGGUGAUGAUGUCUCUUGCGGUGUUAUUAAUAUUAUAACCAAAUUUAUUUAUCAAACUAUACUAGGAACAUAUAUCUGAUCUAUGUAUGCUUAUUUAUGACUCAAUUUAAACAUAUUAUCUCUUCUCUCCUGAAUAUUGAUAAUAUUAACACUGC